UCACCUGUUAAGGGGCCGGCAAUCACACACAAUGCUGAAAAGAAAGUAGACGGCCAACUUCCUUCAGUAGAUUAAAUACAUACUUGCUACAAAAAUGUCAAAUGAGACAAGCUGAAAGGAUUUACUUGCCUUUUCUGUAGCGUGGUGGCCGUUUAAAGAAGGUCUCUCAGGCAGAAUGCAGGACAGGUUGGAGAGGCUGCAGACCAUUAGAGAGGAGCAGGAGGAGUACGAGCCCGAAUUCUAUGGGUUUGAGUAUGAUGUAGACAAGGGAACUUUGUCUCAUCAAGCGGUAAUAUUUGAGAGCUCCUCAGCUACUGAGGUCAUCCUAAAGGAGGCUGAGUUAAUACGCAAGGAGAUCUCCCUGCUCCACUUGGAGGUGGCACGUCUGCACGCCCACAAUGAACGAUUUGGCACCUCUGUGCGCCGCCUGACCCUUAUUAAAAAGGAUUGUGACUCCAUUGCCAGAGGGAUCCAACAGCGGGGGGAGGCUCUGUACGCCCGUCUACAGGUCCUGGGUAAACGGAGCAAAGAGCUUGAGGAGAAAGAGGGCGCCAACAGUGCUGUUAGUCGCAUUGCCCGUGCUCAGUACGAGUCACUGACCUGCGCCUUCCACAGUGCUAUGACUGACUACAGUAAGGCGGAAGAGGUUCAGAGGAAUACCUGCAGGGUGAGGAUCCAGAGGCAGGCCUCAAUACUGGGGAAAGAAAUCACUGAUGAGCAGCUGGAUGCGCUGGUGGACAAAGGUGGUGAGGGCUGGGCGGAGCUGUCCCAAGGCCUUCAGAAUCAGAGUGUACGCUCUUGCCGCACUGCGUUGUGCGAGAUCAAAGGCAGACACAAGGACCUGGUGGAGCUGGAGGCCAGGAUGAAGGAGAUCCACGAACUGUUCCUCCAAAUGGCCAUACUAGUGGAGGAGCAGGGAUCCAUGCUCAAUAACAUUGAGGCUCAUGUGUGCAACACUGUGGAAUAUAUUGAAAAAGUCCACGUUCAUAUGAAGAAGGCCAUACAGUACAAGAGGAAAAACCCUUUCCUCCAGUGUUGCCCCUGUCUACUGUGCUGGAAAAACGACCAAACUUUUUAGGACUGUGUUUGACGUAAAUGAUUGAAAUUCUGAUUAAACAUUUAACUAUUUGCGUAAAAGAUAUGGAACUAAACAAAAAGGAAAAAGUAAUGUGGAAUAUUUUGAUGAAAGACGAUGGCACUAAGUGCACUGAAGACAGUUCUUCCCUGGGUAGAAACACAAUGUAUUUCUGUGAAAGGGAGUAAUUUGUAAGCUCAAAAUUUUUCAAAUUACAGAUAAUGUUAUGAUCACAGAAUUUACCCCUGUAUGUAUUUGAGAGAAGUUUUAACAAAUUGAUGUUUUAAGUUGAGACUGUUAUCGUGUUCAGUGAUGCACAAAAUAAACUAUAGCUGUAGGAAA